AUGGCCUCUGCGCAAGAAAACCCACAUCCUAAACCGCUGUCUAUGUCAUUUAGCGACGACGCGCGGCGCUGGCGGGCCGUGCAGGACCGGGACGCCGCCGCGGACGGACUCUUCGUCUACGCCGUCAAGACGACCAAGAUCUACUGCCGGCCGACGUGCAAGGCGCGCCUGGCGCGGCGAGCCAACGUGCGCUUCUACGAUUGCGGCCGCGCGGCGCAGGCGGCCGGCUUCCGCGCGUGCAAGCGGUGCCGGCCGGAGCUGGCGGGGGCGAUGCCGGAGGAGCUGGCCGUGCGCAAGAUCCGCGCCUUUGUCGAGGAGAGGAGAAGCAGCGGUGGUGCGCAGAGCCUGAGUCAGAUGGCGCGCCAGACUGGACUCUCCAAGUGGCACUUUCACAGGGUCUUCAAGCGCUGCGCGGGCGUCACGCCGAGCGAGUUCCUGCGCGCCGCCGGGGAGGAGGCUGCGCGGUCGACGUCGACCACCUUGUCGCCGCCGACCAGCGGGACGCUAUCGCCGUGGACGGACUCGGACUUGGGGGACGGCGCUCUCGACUGGCUGCGGCUGGGGCAGGGUGCGGAUGAUGGUCGUCACGACAGGGACUUUGCUCUGUUCGAUGUCGAGUCUGCGCUGGCGCCGCCGUUGAACGAGCAUGGUUUCCCCUGGGAUGACGCCAACUUCUCCCUUGACGAUUUUCUAGUUUGGCCAGAGGAAACCUUCCCAAACAGGGUGAAAUAA